AUGGCGAGUAAGAGUUCGAGGUCGGUUUCAUUGAAAGACUUUCCGAAAAAGAGAGGAGCCUCGUCAAAAGACUACAGAAAGCUUGACAGGUCCGACCAGGAGAAAAUCAAGAAGCUUAUUCGAGAGUCGAAAGGUGCAACAACACUUGAUCUAUCUGAUCAGAAUAAUCAUUCAAUGAGUGCGACGAUAUCUGAGCUGUCAAAGACGCUGCAGAAUUUGUACGUGCAGAAAAACAAAAUCCACACGCUUCCGCGCGAAAUCGGUUGCUUGCGAGAGAUGCAAAUCUUUGCAGCCAGCGAAAACCAGAUCUCCUCGCUGCCAGAUUCACUUGCGAAUCUAACGAGCUUAAAGCGGCUUGAUCUGAGACACAACAAAUUCGAGGGAGAUGUUCCACUGGUUAUUUAUCAGCUAUCGUCUCUGAUGGAGCUGUAUUUGACGCACAACAAGCUGACGAGAUUAAAAUCCGGGCUUGGCAACUUGCGGAAUCUUGUGCAUCUCGACUUUAGUCAGAAUAAACUCACAGAACUUCCAAGCGAAUUGGGCGAACUGAAAUCCUUGCAAAAACUGAUGCUCAAGAGUAAUCACCUGCAGAGUAUUCCUGAGACGAUUUCUGAGUGUGUAUCGUUGUCUAUUUUAGAUUUGAGUCAUAACCAGCUUGAAGCGCUACCAGAAAAGAUUGGUAACUGCACGAGUCUGACGAGUCUUUCUCUAAAAUACAACAGACUGCAAGUGAUACCAGAGUCGAUAGAACAGUGUAAGAAUCUCGUCCAUUUUAAUAUCGAAAGCAAUCAGAUAUCUUCUUUUCCUCCCUCCUUCCUCGCAAACUGCACAAAGCUUCAAGUCCUCACAAUCGCACGAAACACCUUCACCGACAUACCCAACCUAUCAAAACUCGAAAAUCUCACUUCCUUCGACGGCUCGUACAACAAAAUCAGUUCACUCCGACCCAAAGUAUUCACGCUGCCAAAGAUCCUGAAAGUGUUGCUUCACAAUAAUCUUAUCAAAAACAUUCCUGCUGAAAUUGCGACUUGGAAGACUGUCACGGAGCUCGAUUUAUCCAGCAAUUUAUUGGAAACUGUUUCUGUCGGAAUCGGAAAUCUCGAUCAACUACAAGACCUGAAAGUGUCGAACAAUCGUCUCGAGUUCCUCCCCGACACAAUUGGCAACAUGAAGUCAUUGCGAAUUCUCGAGCUAGAUGAAAACAAGAUCGAAUACAUUCCAUCCGACAUCGGCUACUGCACGAAUCUGGAGACACUUGUCCUCACGUCAAACAAAAUUCAGCAGCUUCCAACUGAUAUCGGCUCGUUAAAGAGAUUACGAAAGCUGCUGCUUGGUGAAAAUGAUCUUAUUCUGAUACCGCCGCAUAUUGGAAUGCUCGAGUCUCUUCAAGAGCUGUUCAUAAAUUCAAAUCUGAAUCUUCACAAUCUCCCCGAAAACCUCGCGGACUGUCGCUCCCUUCAGAUCCUCUCUAUCGACAAAUGCCCACUCUCAGAAAUCCCGGACGAGUACCGUCUGCGCGGACCUUCUUUCGUCGUCCAGUAUUUAAAAAUGCGCGCCAAUUCAAUGCGAAAUCAUGUUCACGACUUUUAA